AUGCGUCAACGCUUAUUUGAUGACUCAAAAAAUAAAACAAUGCUAGAAGACAUUCAGGUAAUUGAUGAAGUGUUCAAAGUAGCAACUAAUGAUGCAAAGGGAGAAGAUGAAGUUAAAAGAGUAUCACAGACAUUAGGUUUUUCUGAAUUUGAAAGUGUAGUUGACUUCCGUUCAAGAAAUGUUUUUUCUAGUUUCAUGAAAGCAUUAAAUAUACUCCCAACUUCAACAGCUGAUUGUGAACGAGGGUUUUCCGAUAUGAAUUUGACAAUAACUGAUUUAAGGACUAGCUUAAACAUUGAAAAUGUGUCAGAUUUUAUGUUCAUCUCUAUCAAUGGCCCUUCAAUUGCAGAUUUUAAUCCUAGACCUUAUAUUAAAAUUUGGUUAAGAGAUCACCGUUCUGCUGUUUCCACUCCUAGAGGUAAAGAAAGAAAAGAAAUAGACGACGAAAAUAAGAUGCAGAAAUUAUUUUUUAACAAU